AUGAAGUUUCUCUCCAUCCCGAUGGACGCGCGUGCCGCCGCCGAAGCUCUGCUCGAGAAGCGUGGGGCAGGGCGGUACAGCCUCGGCAUUCUGUGCCUGUGCGGCUUCGGGUGGAUGAGCGACGGCGCCGAGAAUGUCGUCCUCUCCUACAUGCUUCCCACGCUCGAGGACCUGUGGUCGCUCUCGCCGGGCCAGCUGGGCGCCAUGUCGACAGCCAUCUACUUUGGUCAGGCGGCGGGCGCCACCUUCUGGGGUGCGCUCGCGGACGCCGGCGGCCGGCGGCCAGUCUUCCUCCUCUCCCUCGCGCUGACCGUGCUCUUUGGCGUCGCAUCCUCGGCCGCGCCUGGCUUCUACACCUACUGCAUGCUCCGACUCGCCACGGGCUUUGCCAUCGGAGGCGCAGCAGUGCUGUCUCGCCGUCCCGGCCGUGGCCCGUCCCGUGACGCCG